AUGAGCCAGCCGAUGAAGAUCGGCCUCAACCUGUCCAAGAAACCUGGAGCAGCAAAACCGGGCGCAACAGCAAAACGACCCGCAAUCUUUGGUGGCGGCGACGAUGACGGCGAUUCCGACGACGGCGAUGGCGGCGGCGUGUUUGGGCGCAAGAAGACCGGCAGCAACAAAAGCAACACAAAACCGGAUGACGGACCUGUUGCUGUAGCGAUCACCGAGCUGGGCGACGACUUUCUAUCCGGCACGGCGCCACAAGACACAGACGAUGGCGACGAUGCGAAAAAGAAACUGGCACACCGAAAAGGCCAGCCGCCACCGAGCAAGUACAAAAAGGCCGCCGUCGACGGUGACGGCGACACGACAAGCUCCCCCUUUGGCAGCGACCUGGCGAGCGCGCUGACCGCGCGAAAACACCGCGAAGCCGCCGAGGCGCUCGACCCGUCCAUAUACGAUUACUAUGCGACGUACGAUGCAUUCAAGGCGGGCACAAGCAAGAACAAGGCAGGGGGACAUGCGGACGAUGGCGAGACGCCGCGCAAAUCGCAGUACAUGAGCAACAUUCGCAAAAUGGCCGAGGUCCGCGAGCGCGACCGCCGCGUCGCCGAGGACAAGAAGAUGCAGCGCGAGCGGGCGGCCGAGGGCGACGCCUUUGACGACAAGGAGACGUUUGUUACGGAGGCAUACAAGCAGCAGCAGGAGGAGAACAAGCGACUCGAAGAGGCGGAACGGAAACGCGAAGAGGCCGAGGCGGCCAAGGCGGCGGAGACGGGCGGCAUGACGGGGUUCUACAAAACGCUCCUACAACGGGACGAGGAGCGACAGGCGGCCAUCCAAGAGUCCCUGCGCGCUGCGACAGCAGCACGGAAGAGCGGGGACAGCGGUGGUGCAAGCGAGGGCGGGGAUGAGGCCGAGGAGGACGACUCGUCGACCGCACGCGCGCGCGCAAUCAAUGCGCAUGGCGGGCAUGUUGCCGUCAACGACGAGGGCGAGGUCGUCGACAAGCGGCAGCUGCUGCAGGGCGGCCUCAACAUCAGCGCGCGGAAACGCUCCGACAUGGAACGCCAGAAAGAACGAGACGCGCGCGACCGCGACCGCGACCGCGACCGAAACCGCAAUGGCGACACAUACGCCAGCCGCAACAGCGAGGGCGUCUUUGCCGGCAGCAAACAGGCCAUGCGCGACCGGCAAUCGCGCAUGCUGGCCGCGCAGUACGAGCAGGCGCUCAAGCGCUCGCGCGACGCGGAGGACGAGCAGACGAAAGCCGCGCAAGAAGCGGCCAAGUCGCGCAAGACGACGGCCGACAUCUCCAGUGCCAAAGAGCGCUACCUGGCGAGAAAGCGCGCCGAGGCCGAGGCCAAAAAGGCGGGCGGGGAGCCGUGA